UUACUUUUCUUUUACUUUUUCUUUUACUUCCUUCAUAAUGAACUCUUACCCUUCAUCAAAUACUUUUUUAUGGGAACUUGGUAGUUUUCAACAUUAUGUUAAAACAAUUUCAAAUCAAAAUAGAAUUCAUUCUCCAAAAUUUUGGUUACCAACUUUUAUAAAAUCAAAUGAUAAUACAUGUGUUAAUUGUGGUAAUACUUAUAAUACGGAUAUUAAUCCAAAUAAUCUUCAAAAUAAUAUCGUUCAAACUGAUACAAAUACGUUAUUAACAUAUAAUUUUUGGCAAUUUCGUAUGUAUCCAAAUGGAAAUGUUGGUCAUGAAAAUUAUAUAUCAAUCUUUUUAAAAGCAAUUUUAACUCCUUAUGAAAAAAUAAAUAAUAUAAAUUCAAGACAACAAAAAUUUUUAUUGGAAUUAGGAAAAUUAGGUCCUACAACUAUAAUAAAUAAUAAUGAUUUAAUUCAUGUUCCAACUAGAAAACAAAUUAUUAAACAACAAAUUUUUGAAUUCACUUCGGAUUUUAGUAAAGAUAAUGUUACUUGUGGAUUUCCAAAAUUUUGUUCCUUGGAAUUAUUAUUUCCUGAUAUUAAUGAUAAAUCAAAAGAAAUUGAUUUAUUUAUACAAGUAACUGUAUUAGGUGAUGAUUUAUCUCGUUCAAAUUUAUUAUUAUUAUUGGAUGAUGAUUCUAUUAAUCAACAACAACAAAAUCAAGAUGUAGAAGAAAUUAAUAAUGAUUUUGAUAGUUCUUCUGGUGAUAUUGUAGAAUAUUUUUUUAAUGAAUCAUUUGCUGAUGUAGAAUUCUUAUUUGAUUGUGGUACUACUUUAAAAGCUCAUCGAAUCAUUUUGGCUACUAGAUGUAAUUAUUUUAAAAUGAUGUUUCAAGGUGGAUUUAAAGAAUCAAAUCUCGAUAAGGUUCCAAUACGUUAUGUAAGCUAUGAUGUAUUUUAUGUUAUAUUACAAUAUAUUUAUACGGGAAAAUUAAUGGAUUUAAAAGAAGAAAAUGCUUAUUCAAUAUUGAGAGAUUCAUAUAAACAUUCGGAUUUGAUGGCUUUAACUUCUUUAAAAAGAUUGAUUGCAAAAAGUGUUGUUAAAUUGAUUAAUAAUGAUAAUUGGAAUGAAAUAUUAAUCUUGGGUUGGCAAUAUAAUGAUCUUUUAUUGAGAACUAAAGGAUUGAAAUAUGUUAAAGAACAUUGGGAUACUAUUAAAUAUAGUGAUAAUUUACGUGAUAUUUUAAAUAAUUCUAAUGUUGAUUGUAUUGAAGAAUUAUUCUUGGUGGCUAAUGGUACCAAUCACUUGGUUAGAUGAUUAUAAAGUUUAGAUUUCAAACUUUGUAUUUUCAUUAUUUUGUAAAUGCCAGUCCCAUUUUAUGAUAAUACAUUUAUGAUCAUAUAUGAAAGCAAUAUUCCAUAUUCCUUAUGAUUUCAAAUUGCUUUUUC